CACGAACUAUGUGCAGUCAGAGGCACUUCCGCUCUAGGAAGGGGAGGUCGGUUCUGAGGUUGCUCUCGGGGAGGCUUGCUCCCCCAGAACUCUACCUUUUCCCAAAAGGAAGAGAGGGAAAAUGACCAAGUUCCAGGAGGCAGUGACAUUCAAGGAUGUGGCUGUGGCCUUCACUGAGGAGGAACUGGGGCUGCUGGACUCUUCCCAGAGGAAGCUGUACCGAGACGUCAUGCUGGAGAACUUCAGGAACCUGGUUUCAGUGGGACGUCAGUCCUUCAAACCAGAUAUGAUAUCCCAGUUGGAGAGGGAAGAAAAGCUUUGGAUGAAGGAGUUUCAAAACCAAAGAGGUAGGCAUUCAGGAGACAGGAAUCAAAAUGAGAUGGCGACUCUUCACAAAGCAGAAUUAAGGUGCUUUCCGCUGGGAGAGCUUUCAUGCUGGCAAAUCAAGAGACAUGUUGCAAGCAAAUUAGCCAGAAGUCAAGAUUCCAUGAUAAAUAUUGAAGUACAGAGCUCUCAGUUCCCCAGGCACCAUGAUUCCCCCUGUCAAGUGGGAGCAGGAGAAUCUGUUCAAGCUUCUGAGGAUGACAGCUGUCUAGUGAAUCUCAUGGGAGAUCAUUCCAAUAUCAUUGGAAAUCAAGAAUUUCCAACUGAGAAAGUUCAGAAUUCAUGGAGUAAAAUUUAUCAGAGAAGUUGUAAGCAGACCCAGAUGAAAAACAAAUUAUGUAUAUUUGCUCCAUGUGUUAACAUUUUUGGUUGUAUUUCACACCAUCAUGAUAAUAUAUUGCACAAAAGAGAUAAAGCUCAUAGCAAUAGUGAUUGUGGUAAAGACACCCUAAAGGUGUCACCUCUUACCCAGUAUAGUAUUCACACGGGACAGAAAACCUACCAGGGUAAUGAAUGUGAAGAAGCCUUCGAUGAUGGCUCCAGUCUUGAACUUCAUAAGCAGGUGCACUUGGGAAAGAAGUCUCCAGCAUGUAGUACCCAUGAGAAGGACACCAGUUAUAGCUCAGGUAUUCCUGUUCAACAAAGUGUUCAUACUGGAAAAAAACGCUACUGGUGUCAUGAAUGUGGUAAAGGUUUCAGUCAGAGCUCAAAUCUGCAAACUCAUCAGAGAGUCCACACAGGGGAGAAACCCUAUACAUGCCACGAAUGUGGUAAGAGCUUUAAUCAGAGCUCACAUCUUUAUGCUCAUUUGCCUAUUCACACAGGAGAGAAGCCUUAUAGAUGUGACAGUUGUGGGAAGGGCUUCAGUCGUAGCACAGAUCUUAACAUUCAUUGCAGAGUUCACACUGGAGAGAAACCUUACAAAUGUGAGGUGUGUGGGAAGGGCUUUACUCAGAGAUCACAUCUUCAAGCCCAUGAAAGAAUUCACACUGGAGAGAAACCAUAUAAAUGUGGAGAUUGUGGUAAACGCUUUAGUUGUAGCUCAAAUCUUCAUACCCAUCAGAGAGUCCACACUGAAGAAAAACCAUACAAAUGUGAUGAGUGUGGUAAGUGCUUUAGUUUGAGCUUUAAUCUUCAUAGUCAUCAACGAGUCCACACAGGAGAAAAACCAUAUAAAUGUGAAGAGUGUGGUAAGGGUUUUAGUUCAGCCUCAAGUUUCCAGAGCCAUCAGAGGGUCCAUACAGGAGAGAAACCAUUUCGAUGCAACGUGUGUGGUAAAGGCUUCAGUCAGAGUUCAUAUUUUCAAGCACAUCAGAGAGUCCACACUGGAGAAAAACCAUACAAAUGUGAAGUGUGUGGAAAGCGCUUCAAUUGGAGCUUGAAUCUUCACAAUCAUCAGAGAGUCCACACAGGAGAGAAACCCUACAAAUGUGAAGAGUGUGGUAAGGGUUUCAGUCAGGCCUCAAAUCUUCAAGCCCAUCAGAGCGUCCAUACUGGGGAAAAACCUUUCAAGUGUGAUGCAUGUCAGAAGCGAUUCAGUCAGGCCUCACACCUUCAAGCCCAUCAGAGAGUCCACACCGGAGAGAAACCAUAUAAAUGUGACACAUGUGGUAAGGCCUUCAGCCAGAGGUCAAAUCUUCAAGUCCAUCAAAUAAUUCACACUGGAGAGAAACCAUUUAAAUGUGAGGAAUGUGGGAAAGAGUUCAGUUGGAGUGCUGGGCUCAGUGCUCAUCAGAGGGUCCACACAGGAGAGAAACCCUACACAUGUCAGCAGUGUGGGAAGGGUUUCAGUCAGGCCUCACAUUUUCACACACACCAGAGAGUCCACACUGGAGAGAGGCCUUACAUAUGUGAUGUCUGUUGUAAGGGCUUCAGUCAGAGGUCACAUCUUGUCUACCAUCAGAGAGUCCACACUGGAGGGAAUCUGUAGAAAUUUGAGGUGUGGUUCACCCUCCAGUUAGAGUUCACGGCUUUGUCUCCAUUGGGAAGUGCAUGCUGAUGACUAUGGAAAGCUCCUUUAAAACUAGAAGGUUCAAAGAAUCUUUACAGGAAAGAAGUCUCUCAGAUGCUGUGUUUCAGACUUGGUUAGGACAUGAAUUCUUUACAAAUGUCAUAUUUCACAGACAGAAAACUCUGUUCUAUAAAUAUGAUCCGUGUUUAUAUCUGCGUUGCCAAGUGUCUCAGUUCUCAAGAUGUAACACAGCAGAAAAGUAUUGUCAGAGUCUGCCCAGGAGAGAGGCCUUACUUUAAAAAAAGUAUGAUUGAGGCCAGGCACGAUGGCUCAUGCCUACAAUCCCAGCACUUUGGGAGACCGAGGCAGGCGGAUCACGAGGUCGAGACG